GCAGAACUAGUAAUAUAUGCUGCUGUACAACAGAAAAAAGGGACAUGAGACACUCAAAGAGAAAAACCAAAGAGCUAAUUGAUCAUUAAUCAUGUCAUAUACUACUGUGGACAAAUCACUCUAUGAUGACUAUUAUGACCCGACAAAUACAGAGGGUGUGCUAUGCAACAAUACCACCGUAAGGGCGUUUGGACGUGUGUUUCUACCUACACUGUACAGCCUGGUCUUUAUCUUGGGCUUCAUUGGUAACAGCCUGGUGGUCUGUGUCAUGGUGAAGUUCAGGAGGACCAGCAACAUGACAGACAUCUGCCUCUUCAACCUGGCACUGUCAGAUCUUCUGUUUGUCCUCACCCUGCCUUUCUGGUCUUACUACAUCACCAAAACUGAAUGGAUCCUGGGGGACUUUCUGUGCACAGUGUUAACUGCACUAUACACGCUGGGCUUCUAUGGCAACAUUUUCUUCCUGGUAAUGAUGACAUUGGAUCGAUAUGUGGUCAUUGUCCAUGCUCACACCAUGGCCAGACACAGAUCAGUCAGAGUAGGGAUUGUUCUGUCUCUGUUCUUGUGGGCUCUUAGUCUCUGUGCCUCUCUGCCUACAAUCAUCUUCACAAAAGUGGAAAGAAAUGAGGCCGGAUUUAUGAUGUGUCAACAACAGUAUCCAGAGGACACCAAGUGGCGCCAGUUUUCUUAUUUACAAAUGAAUUUCUUGGGUCUACUUCUCCCCUUUUUCAUUAUGGUUAUAUGCUAUGGCAGGAUAAUUCUCACUUUAGUCAACAUCAAAUCCACCAAAAAGCACAAAGCCAUCAAACUGAUAUGUAUUAUAGUAGUGGUCUUUUUCUGCUUUUGGACUCCAUACAAUUUGGUAAUUUUCUUUCGGUUUCUGCAGACACUACACUUUUUUGGGGAUUGUACAAAUGUUUAUAACAUAUCUCUGGCAAUGCAGUGGGCAGAGGUGAUAGCGUUUUCACACUGUUGUUUGAAUCCAAUUAUCUAUGCUUUUGCUGGACAGAAAUUCAUGGCCCUUGUCUUGAAGUUACUAAGAAAAUGGUUGCCAAUUUGCUUUGGCAGGUCUUCUUGUGAGUCGUCUGAACGAAGAAGCUCGGUCUAUUCCCGGUCCUCUGAAACUAAAAUCUUAUCAAUUGCUGUAGCUUGACCCUCAUGCAAACAACAUUUUUGAUUAUUACUUCCAGGGAACUGACAUCUAGUAAAACAUUGAGUCUAUUCUUGAAAAUCUCAACAUUUUCACAUAUUUUUCUAAAUAUCUCAAUAAUAUAGUAUCCACUAUCACAACAGAGAAAAACAUUGUGUGUCCAUAUAUUUUCUGAUGAAGUUGACACGGACAUUUUUCUUAAUUCAACUAGAAUAUGGCAUCUAGUAAAACAUUUUAAGAAUUCAAACUACUGUACAGCUGAAUGUAAUAGGAGCUUCUGGACACAGUCAUUGUGUCACUCAGCUAUGAAUCUAUGCUUAUAGUAAAGACAGUAGAUAGUUACAGUAUCAGCUACUCUUUUAUGUUUUUACAUGCUCUAAUGCUGUUGUUGAUAGAUCAUUUUGAGAAUGUAAGACAUUAAUAGGCUGUUGGGGGACAGAGGUCAAUGGUCAUUAAGAUGUUUUGGUGCUCCUGCUGCCAUUUAAUUUAAUUAGAGUUUACAUGUAAAAUCACUUUUUUUGAUUUGCUGUAUCCAUAGGCAGCAAUAGAACACAAGAGUAACUACAGACACUGGACAAACUCGAGUAAAACUUGAAUAAUUGAGUGGAGAAACAUUUGCAGAAUCUUCUAUAAAGGCUUUUGUGUCUUUGGGUCUUCAGUCACAAAGACACAAAGCCAAGAGCUUCACUUACAAAGACACAAAGGCAGUAACGUCAGUCACAAAUUUUGUGAAAAGCUCAUAUUCAAUGACAAUGAUGCUGGAGCAUUUCUGCCAUAUUAUACAGAACCCUAUAAUUAUACCCGUAUUUAUUCAUUCAUUAUUCAUUACAAAGGUUUUUUUCCUUCAAUUUGUCACGUUUCUGUAUUACUAUGCUGAGAUUCAUUUGUUUGUAAGCUCAAAUGGACAGUGACUUUCUGACUGUUAUCACAAGAUUGUUGUGACUGUUAUCACAAGAUUGUUGUGACUGUUAUCACAACACUGUUAUCUUUCUGACUAUUAUCACAAUUUGUUUUAAAAAUGUACAUUUCUUUCCAAUAACCAAGUAUUGCAAGGCACACCAUUACAUAAAACUAUACAUAAAUACAUAAUCACUAAAAAGUUAGUCUUGUCCGCUUGUCUUUUCAAAUGAAGAUUCAUAUGCUUCCGACCUGAACUUUUUUCAUUAUUGACCUCCAUUUAUUAUUCAACAGUGUGUAAU